AUGGCAGCACCACCGUUCGACGCUCCUCUCCCGGGCUCAUCUUUCUUCGACAUUUAUAAUGAUGGCGCCGUCCAUCGUAAUCCCGUCUCUCUUCCUGGAGGAGCCUGCAACUACGUGGAUUUGACACCCGGUGCCAACGGAGCCAAGUGUGGAUGCCGACGUUUCUGGAGUCGUUUCGCCGCAGGACGAGCAUACGCUGAUAACUUAGGCACUGACAAUUCCGUCUGGUGCAUGUGUUCCCAUCACGCCUGCUACCAUGAUGAUGGGCGCGCCGGGAGCGAAGCGCCCGUGUCUGCGCAGACUCCCACCACUGCGACCGCACCUGCGCUCGUUGCCCACGUUGCCGGACAGGAGAAUGAGAAGCCAAGGAUGCCCAGGGAGCCACUCAGCCCGGUUCAGCUGCCAGAUAUGUCUUUCCGUUUGCCUAUCGGAAUUGCCCCGACCGUGGAGUUUAUGAACCUGGAUGCCGUUGUCGUGCCUAAACCCGAGGAACCCAGGCCUCGCCCACCGGACUUGCCUAGCCAACGCCCGGAAUCUUCCCUACAGGAUACGUUAAGCUGGGGUGAUUUCAUUCAGUCCCAGUCAGGAAUUAAUACCACGUUACCGCCGAUACCAGCUCAAUGCCUAAUGCCAUCUCAGCCCAGCUCCACCGCUUCUUCCAGUCAGGCCCGCUAUCUUCGUCCCUUUGCCGGGAAAGGUCUCCAAACACUUAGUGGUGUUGCUCCUCCCAAUUACCGGUCGCCGCACAAGGAAAACCCUCAGGAUGUCGGAUCGUUUGCUACCCAACUGGGCCACAAGGUUACCAAGGAUGAUGCAGGCGCAAUGGCUCUGCGUAGUGACAAUGGCGCCGAUACCCCCAGGGCGCAGUCCCCGAGAGCCCCGGAGAAAGUCGAUGCCUUGUUCGCAGGGCCUUCGCGCGAUACGUUACGCCAUCUUUCGGAUACCGUUCAGGGACAUGAGCACCGCCUGGAAAAGCUGGAGACCGUUUCCUUCUCUGCUGCUGGUCAUGAAGAGUGUCAUGAGAAGCAUGAUGGCACCGACCUCCGCGUUACUGAUCUUGAGGUGCGCAUGGAGGAGGUUGAGAAAUUCGUGAAUGAUAAUGGCAGCCACGGCACAGGCCGCCGCAUAGACCGGCAAAACCUCGAUGAAUCGACCAAUAGCGUCGUCUCUGUUGCGACGAGCACAACUACUCGAGCCGCUCAUUCGCAUGAGAUCUACAGCCAGAUCCAAUCAUUACAGUCUCAACUUCUCCAGCUUCAGUCGCAGCUACCGUCGAUGACCCAACCGUGGGAAAUCGAAGUCAUCUUUCUGCCUUUCCCGCUUAAAAAGAUCUGGCAAGAGUUUCAAGAUUUCAAAGUCGAUGUCCACUCCAAUUUGGAUGAAUGGACUCAGAUGCCUAAUACGAACAGCUCCGCGACCCUGAGAGCACAAUCGCCGUUCUGCGCAGAAUGGGCUGACCCCGGACACGACCAUGAGUGGCUGAUGGCAAAGGCUUUUGGUCCACGAAGUCUCCUUGAGCAGCGAUUGAGAAGCCGUGGCCUCGUUCGCACCGUUUCUAUCAAGGGCUCUAAUGCAAGAAGCGUACAAGCUGCGAUGCAUGCUGCGUUUUCCACCACCUUCGCCGAGUUCUCGAAUGCGGCGACAUCGUCUUCACGCCGGCGUAGCUUUGACGGCAAAGCUGAGCGCUUCUUGGGUCUUCAACAACCUUGGGUGCCUCUUCGCAAAAUCCAUAAGGACUCCCGCCUCCGGUUCUUGACGCCAGCGGAGAUGGUAACGCCUGCCCUUUGGGAUGUGUCGUUCCUCCACUCCAUCAUCAUGCGGUGCUCCCUGCCACGCCUCUUCAUCACGCAGCCGGAAGCGUACCUGCAGGACAUGCAUUCAUUUGAAUACGGUUGGACUUGGCAACGUCUCCGAGAGAUGAGCCGAUUUUAUCCUGACUCUCAAAUAGCACAGGAGGUACCCGAAGCGGACGCUCGCGAGGACUACUGGGCAUGGAACGAUCAAUUAGAUGAAGCACCCAGUACCCAGUCGUCGUUGAGCAUUCGGCAAGCCAGGCAGCGCGUGUCAGCCUCUCCUUCUGUCCACCACCUUACGAUGCAGUCCUCUAUGCGAUCGUCUAGCCCAAUGAUGACUCGUGCGCAAACGUCGAUGAGGGAGCGGAAGGGUCCAAAGCCGGCAUACAUCCGCACUACCUCAAUGCCACCUUCAGUCCCCGCGCAUUUCUCUCCAGCGCAGAUUAAGCGGCGGGUAUCAUCCUUCGGGCAGCAGAAGAUUGCUGCCCAGAUUCGCACCAGCCCUCCUAACAUGUCCACGGCCUACAAACGACGACGUACCCGUUCACCCAGCCGGCCCCGCAACACCCCGCGGUGGACCAUAUCACCAAGCCCAGCACCUGGAAUGAUACCUGCCGACGAGCGUCACCAACCGGGCCGUGGAAUCACGCCGCUGUAUUACGCGACCCCAUACAGCAAUGCACCGCUAACGGAGUCACGUCCACGUGGUUCUGGCGGUGUGGUAGACGAGUCAAACACGGAAGACGACGGGCAGGAUGACGAAAAUCAUGGCCCGGAGUACGGGAGCACCAAUCCUUAUGACGAGGAGGGAAGCGAGUAUAGUGUUGAAGUGACUCACCUCGUCACCAUGCGAGAGGGUGACUCAUCGCAUGCACGUCAGAUGCAGCCUGAGGAUGAACCUUGGCCCGGUAUCGAAGACCAAGACCACAUCUCAGACGGGGAGAAUAUCGACCCGCUCUUCUCCCCUGCAGGCGGCGACGACGACGCCCAAUCCGACGUCAGUAGCCAGCCAUCCGAGUAUCCCAGCACUCAGCGUGGCUGGCAGGUCCCCGGCGCCGAUGAUGGGGUUGGUUUUCGUAUCCACGAAGACAAUGAUCGUAUGCAGAACGGUUGGCCAUAA